CAAUAGAUGGCGCUGUUGCACUGUUGUAGCAGGAGAAACAUUAAGUUCUGGUCAAGUGCUCACCAUCUGCAGAAUAAGGACCAGAACUUUACAGAGGUAAACUGUGUCAGUUCUUUUACUAUUACAGCAGUUCAUCGUGGCCCUGUAGUUCGCCUCCUUCACCAAAGCUCUGUCAGGGACCUACAUGAAGAGUGCCAUCACUCAGAGAGACACUUUGACCUGUCCUGCUCUCUCAUCGGACUCAUAGACGGCAGCUUUGAGAUGGGUUUCAACAAUAACAUUGAGUUGCUUGAGAAUUCAUGUAGUAAAAACCAGAUACAGACUACAGUAUGAUCCAUUUUUUUGUGGUUCAAUCAGAGUCUGCUCUCAAUACUGUCCAGUUUUAUAGUUGUUCCUAUUAAUUGAUUGACUGGCGUUUGUCCAUGACUCUACUGUCAAACCCCUAACAUUGUUGUAUUUGAUGCUAUGUUGUUGCAGCCUAGUAUCCAAACUGAUAUGUCAUUUUUAGUUAAAAAAAUUACAGUGUUUAUAAUUUGCUAUUCCUGACUACUGUAGUGUUGUGGUUUCUUGCAGGUAACCUGCUGUUUCUGGCUGUGGUCAGCCAUUUUGGGGCGAAGCUGCACCGGCCCAGGUUCAUUGCUAAGGGCUGUUUCCUCAUGGCUGUAGGAUCCUCCCUCACAGGCCUGCCACACUUCUUCAUGGGACGGGCUAUCAGGAGAGCUACCCAAUCGCAGAGGGCCAUCGUGGCUUCAUCAGUGAUGCCAGACUUCUGCAGAUGCAGAGAGCUGAAAGAGAGGCCAUGGAAGCAAAGCAAAGAAAGAUAAGUGCUAUCCAUGAGAAUUAUGUCCGGACUGCUCUCAUCAGGGUUGGCAGCACCUUCGCGCACCACUUCGUCCCCUCUAUUCAGUGCAUUCCGCGGCCGAAAGCUCCACCGAGGCCUUUGCCACGAAGGCUUGAGCACAUAGCUCUGGCCCCACUGAAGAACGUGGUGGGGGUGGACGGAGCCCAAGUUCGACCCGGAUCUCACUCUCUGGAGUCCAUCCAGAUAAAUAAGUCAUUCAGCAGCAGUAGCGUGUGGCCUGUUCCCGUCCCUCCCACUGCAGCUCCCUCCAAGAGGGGAAAGAAGAAGAAGGGCAGGCGGGGAGUCAAAGCCCUGAAAGUCCAGUCGGACCAGGGCUGUGCUGACAACAACGGACCCAUUGACCUGAUGGAGGAGGUGAGGGACAUCGAGGCUCACCUGAAGGAGGAGGACUGGAAGGUGGUACAUGAGGUGAAGGCCAUGGGCAGGAGAAGUUUGGGCUCAGCCAUGUCCACGGGGGAAAUAGCAACCAGCUCUCUGGGAAGCCUGAGCUCAGUGGAUAUGAACACCCCUGCGGAGCUCCGUGACUACUUGGAUGUCGGGACCCCGGUCAAGUCGCUUAACAGCCCACCCAGGCCUGCUCCCCCUCCUACCAAGCCCAGGAGCAAACAGCCUCGGCCUAUAAGGUUCCUUAGCCUGCCAAAGGCUGCCACCGGCUCAGACAAGAUGGCAGCCAGUGAGCCAAAGGGUCAAAUUAAGAACCAGGCCAGAUUGCAGCCCCUGUCCAACCCAGAGCAGGCCCUGACUAAGACCUUCAAGCUGCUCCACUCUGCCUCUGAUGACUGGGAGAAGAAGAUCGAGGGCUUGACCUUUCUCCGUGUGAUGGCUCAGAACCACAUGGACAUACUGAUGCCUAAACUCCAUGAUAUCUGUCUUGCCAUUAUAAAUGAGGUGAAGAACCUGCGCUCUGCAGUGUCCUGUGCUGCCAUGGCCACACUGGGUGACAUGUACGUCCACCUCCAGAGGGCCAUGGACAGUGAGGUGGAGGGGACGGCACGCGUGCUGCUGCACAAAGCCAGCGAGGCCAACGCCUUCAUCCGGCAGGGCGCCAACUCUGCCCUGGGUCACAUGGUGCAGAGCUGCACCCCUACACGUGUCAUGAAUGCCCUGCUGGUCGGUGGGCUGAGCCACCGUAACGCUGCGGUGAGGAGCUGCACUGCUCAGCACCUGGAGAGACUGGCUGAGGUCAUGGGGACGGCUCGUCUCCUGUCGGGGAAGAAAGACCUCACUGACCGUUUCUUGAUUGCCGUCAGUAAACUGGCUGUGGACCCUUCACAGGAAGUCAGGCAUCAUGGUCGCAAUAUCUUGAGCAACAUGGCCACCAAUGGCGACUUUCCUAAAAUGUGGGACAAAUUCGCUCCGAGGAAAGAGAGAGAAUCCUUGAGGGAGGUCAUCUCAAAGGUUAACCUCAAAGAAAGGUACAUUCUCUCUGGAUGAUUAGAAGAAAUGUAACAAAUGAGCUGAUAUGAUUACAGAAAUCCAAUCCCACUGGGCACAGAAAUCAGAUCCAUGUCUAGUUUGAUUUAAAUUUGGGAACUCAACCAAAAUGUGAAAUCAACCAAAAAUGCUGGUUAAAAGUUGGGUGGAAAAAAUCCAAUUGAGUUUUCAGCGUUGAUUCACCGUCAUCACAUAGAUUUUCUUGUUGUUGAAAUGAGGUGGAAAAGUUUAUUCAACCAGUUUUGGCCCAAAGGGAUGAAUUUAAUAUACUUGUCACAACUCUUACCGAAGGUG